ACAGAGGAGUAGAAAUAGACAGAGGAGUAGAAAGAGACAGAGGAGGAGAAAGAAACAGAGGAGUAGAAAUAGACAGAGGAGUAGAAAGAGACAGAGCAGGAACCAUAGAUGUCUGUGACAGAGCGAGCAGGAUCACCAUGCACUGAGGGGGACGACUUUAAUCAAACCACCUGAAUACUGGAAUGACUGAAAGAACACAACACUCCUACAACUGAGAAUACUACAGUUUACUUGAGCCAAGACCUCCAACUGUCCUCCACUUCCUCAUCACUCUCAUCCAGGAUGUUCAACUCCUCCUCCUCUGCGUUCUGUCCUCUCCUCCAGACCAUGCUGGACCACUCUCUAAACAACAACACAGGGGUCAACCUGGUGGUGGUGUGGGUCCACGGCCUGGUCUCCUGUCUGGGUAUCCUGGAGAAUGCUCUGGUCCUCUGGGUGGUCGGCUUCCGCCUGCGCCGCCGGACCGUGGCCUCUGUCUGGGUUCUCAACCUGGCCCUGUCAGACUUCCUGGCUACGCUGACCCUCCCUCUCUUUACACACUACCUGCACUCCUCACACAGCUGGGAGCUGGGAGGUCUGCUGUGUACGGCCCAGUCCUCAGUCUUCUUCCUCAACAUGUUUGUGUCAGCCUUCCUCCUGGCGGCCAUUUCUCUGGACCGCUGUCUCCUGGUGGCGCGGCCCGUCUGGAGCCAGAACCACCGCUCCAUCAGCGCCGCCUGGAAGGUGUGUGCUUUGGGCUGGUUGUGGGCGGCGGCCAACUCCUUCCCUUACGUCCUGUUCCGGGCGGUGACGGAGAAGACGGACGGAAGGAAGCUCUGCUACCACAAUUUUGGAUUGUACUCGUCGCCAGGGAUGCUGGAGAGGGACUGUAGGGUACGGCAGGCGGCGACCGCCGUGUCCAAGACGCUCCUGGCGUUCCUACUCCCCCUAGUGGUGAUUGCAGGGAGCUACGCCCUCUUUGGGAUCAGUCUGAGCCAGAGGAGGAAGAGGAGGAGGAAUAACAGCAGUAGUAGACUCACUGGGGCUUUGAUUGUUACCAACGUGGAACGUAGAGAGUCAAAACCCAACACAAACACCAAAAGCUUCACCCCCAACCCAAAAGGCUCCACCCCUACCUCCACCUCCGUCAAAUUGUCUACUAGACGGACCGAGCCCGGCCUAUCCCGUGGCUUCACCAAAAUGGUGACAUCAGUCAUCGCGACGUUUGCCCUCUGCUGGGCGCCUUAUCACGUGUUCUGCCUCAUUGAGGUUGCCGCCCAGUACCGGCCGACCAAGGUCGUGUUGGUGGAGGUGGGGUUGCCAAUAGCGACGACCUUUGCCUUCCUGAACCCGGUGUUAAACCCGGUGCUGUACGCGUUCAGCUGUCCCAACUUCUGCGUCCGGAUCAGACAGAGUCUGGGGGCACUGAUGGAGGGACUGGUGGAGGAGGGAGGGAUGGGUGGAGUAGGAGAGGGGGGGCUGGGGUUGAGUAUCAGGAAGGGGUGGAGGAAGGGAAGGGGGAGCCUGGGAGGGAACUCAUUAUCGUCACCAAACUGUCUGGGAACUCCAGGGUCUCCGCAUCUCCAGGAAGACCAUCUGCCCUCCUCUGCCUCCAUCAACCACAACGUCAAAGCCAGUUGUGGAGACCUGGAGCAAGGAGAGGACCCUCUGAACUGACUAUAUACUGAGAAUGAGAAAAUGUUGUUGAUAUCAACUGAGACAAUAAGAAUCACCUCUGUUGUUCUGCUGGCCUCCAGGAGUCCUUCCUGUGCUGUAUAUUACUACAUCCUGUCCUAUUGUUUAACUGUUCCUCAAUAACUGUCCAUGUUUAACUAGUUGUUUCUCUUUUACUUGAAUUCCAUUUUUUUUGUAACCGUUUGUAGAAUAUUAAUAUGAUAACAAAAUGAUCUGGCACUUCACAAAGAGUUUUGGUGGAAAUUGUGUGUGUGUGUGUUCUUGAAAGCAGUUGUCUAUCAAUAAAGAAAUCAAUCAAAAUGUGAUUAUAAAUCCCUAUUUACAUCAGCAGUUUCACUCUCCAGAGUUGUCUGAUUUCUGUAUUUAUACUGUGUAUGACGCUGUUGACUGUGUUGACUGUGUGUCUGUAUUCUCUCUGUGCAUUGUCUGUUGUCUGUAUUUAUACUGUGUAUGACGCUGUUGACUGUGUUGACUGUGUGUCUGUAUUCUGUCUGUGCAUUGUCUGUUGCUGGCAGCACCUGGCCACUAAGUCACAUUCUGGGUUUGUGUUAAUGCUCUUGGCAAAUAAAGUGAUUGUAUCACAUCCAGAG